AUGGCGGCGGGCAGCUGGAGAGUCCUGCUGUUGGUCAGCGUGGCUGCGGUCCUCACCCCGGCACGGGGCCUGAGCCAGCGAGAGGCCGUGGACCUCGCCGUCAACUCCUACAACAGAGGCUCGGACAUCGACAAUGUUUUCCGCUUCGUCGACUACAUCAAGAAAUCCGGCCCCGUGGACCCGUCCAAGCCCACCCAGGUGACGUUCACCAUCCAGGAGACCGUGUGCCGCAAGUCUGAUAAUCGCGUCCCCGACCGAUGCGACUUCAAAAGGAACGGGGUGGUGAAAGUCUGUACAGGAACCGUCUCCUUGGCGACAGGAUCUCCCUCAGUGUCAAUCACUUGUGAUGGGUCCGUCCGCACCAAGAGAUUCUUCAGAGCAUUCGGCAGGUUGAUUGGACGUAUCGGACGGAAGAUCAGUAAGAGUUGGCAAAAAGUCAAAGCGGGCUACCACAGAGGCAGAUGGGGAAAGAGAAGACAAGGCCAAAGUGGUGGAGCAGUCCCAGGUGGAAGUCCAGGUGAAGAACAGAAUCCAGAGCAGCAGCAGUAA